AUCCCCGUCUUGUUUUUGUACUUUGAACUCUCAAGAAAGAAAUUUGUCUUUCUAUCCAAUUGAUUAUCUACAAGCAACAUGGCAGAAACUCAUACGGAUCGGACCUGGGGUGAAGAACCCGGUCUGGUCAAGAUUCUACAUUGGUACAAGCUAUUCGACUCGACUACACCACCCCGACUGGGCAUGGAUAUUGAUAAACGCCUACCCCUAACAGCCUUCACUGCUUUCUCGGUCGGACUCGGCGUUGGCGCAAACCACGGAGCUCGAAAAGCAGCCUACCAGUUCCGAGCGGAAAACGCUCACAGAUUCCCGACGACGUCGACCGGAUGGUUCCAAUACCACAAAACGAAGAAUUACAAGGCAAUUGUUGGUGGAGUGUUUGAUGGAUUCAAAUUGGGGACGAAAUUGGGGGUCGGGGCAAUGGCUUUUGUUCUCUUUGAGGAGACUGUGGACUGCGCUCGUCGUGACCGUCGAGAUUUCCUUUCUACUGUCAUUGCUGGCCUGUCGUUUUCAGGAAUCUAUAGCUUGCUAACUCGUCACGAUAUCUACACCGCCGCCCGCACAACAAAGCUAGGACUUAAGCUAAGUUUAGUGUACGGACUGACUCAGGACGCUCUUGCUACAAUGAAGGGCAAUCGUCCGCCAUACAUACAGUAUCUAUUCGGGCCAGGCAAUUCCGAAGUUUCCAAGCUUGUGUGAGAGCUCGCGCGCUACGAUGGAAGCGGAUGAUAUCUCAGUCGAAACGGCAAUUAUCUAGACACACGACAAGAUCCUUCGGUCCUAUGUCUAAUUCUGGAUCUAUUGGCAUAACUGCUUCCGGGCGGUAUGGCAUUGGAGAGAGCAAGUGCUAAAGUCGUGCUUUCAGAGUUGCACAUAACACGGCAAUACCUCUCAAUGAUCGGCUAAACUCGAGAAGCUGGCAAGGCAAGUCUUUCCGCGCACGUGGAUCAAUUUGGCAACGAUUGACACGUGACUUUCCUCAGUGGGAGCAAUUCUGUCAUCCCACAUUUUGUUUCGAGAUCCAUGCCUACGGGGGACCAGCGCGGAUUGGAUGAUGCCAGCAAUCUUUCAGGAACAGUCAAAUGCCAUCGCUGCUCUGCUGUAGGCUAAUGCAUGCCAUGUUCCCAGAACGUCGGUGGGGGCCGGUUUCACCUGUUUGGGGCCGAUGGUUAGACGACUCCUGGUUUCUUUCUGAAGGUAUCCCUGGCGCCGACUCCAAUUGGCAGACAAUAAUGAGCUUGUAUAAUAAUGAACUCGAUUCCAAAUACAAUGUCGCAUCAAAAAAUAUGUAUAUAUGCCGUAGAAAUAGGAAAGAGCCUGCAC